UGUGCACAGAAGUGUUUAAUGGACAGAACUGAACAUUGACCCAUCAUUUGGAAUUUUAAUCUCUGACAAUCCACUGUUUCCACGUCACUUUUUCAACUAAAUUUAAUAAAACUUGCAUUUUACUGUGUGACCGAUUCUCUAAUAGUAAAACUAAAAGUAAUUACACAGUAUCGCACAACUGGAGCUAAAUAAUUGGAUUUUUAAUUCAAAUUAUUAUGGACGGUAACCAAGACAACGGUAUUCCUCAUCUCGCCCUUGUCCUUCCCGAGAUUAUCCAAAAAAUUGCUGCCUUUCUCCCCACGUGCGACCUGCUCACAUGCACUCGGAUCAACUCCACGUGGGAAACCGCCGUCCGGAGGAAGCUCCUCUCUAUCAGCCGGAUAACCCUUGACCCAGAAAAAAUUGACCUUUACACAAAACAUGUCACCGCCCGGGGAUCCUGUCCCACGAAUAUUUCGUUCUUCCCGUUCGAUGAUCCCGCCACAUUACUCCUCCCGCUCUGGCAAAAUUUCAUUUCUGAACAUGGCCGCAAGAUGGAAAGUUUACAGAUAAGUUUGGCCUUAGGCGAGGUGCCCACGUGGCUCCACUAUUUAUCCCACUUAUCAAAAUCCUUCCCUAAUUUAACCUUUCUCAAGUUAUUCCUCUCACCUCGAGACCCACGUGACGAUACAGUUUCAAAAUUCCCGCCCAAUCCUAAUAUUUCCUUUCCAAAAGUAAACAAUCUUUUCAUCAAGGUGUACCACGUGCCAGAAGGGUGUCCCCACCUGCUCUCCAUGUUAACCCAGUUGGUCCCCUUACUUCCAAAUAUUCGCGGGUUAUUCCUGCUCGAAAGGGGGCAAUCUGUGCUUGAACACUUGCUCAAUUUUGCACCAACUUUGACCUCUGUCUUCAUGAACAGCCCAAAAUUACCCUCCCCUGUUAAACUUAAUCUGGCAAAUUUAACCCGCCUAGAAUUUGCGCAGUGUUGGGCGCGAACUUCUGAUUUGCCUAAAUUGCUCCUAAUUACGGCAGGAACUUUGCAACAUUUGAAACUUUACGCGACGGAAAAUGCCGAUCCGAGCGAUCCAAUCCACCGAUUCUGCAUUCAUUCUAUCCAUUUCCCGAUAAUGGAAAAAUUAAAAAUUUUUGAAAUUGUGCAAAGUCAGGUGACGAACCGGAACAUAUAUGGAAAUUGUUUAGUUUCUCCCGCCAUAAGAUUUAAAUUUCAGAAUAGCGGGGAAAGAAGGUUGGAUUAUCCAGUCCAGUUCCCAGUUUUGGAGACGAUUCGCAUUUCGAAAAUGGAAUUGGACCCACAUUUUUCAAAUUUUGGGAAUAAUGUGUUAACGAAGCAGGAGUAUUUUGCGACGAGCAAGGCCUUUUUGUACAAUUAUUUCCUCCACGAAAGUAAUUCAAAGGGUUUGACCGUUAAGAAAUUGGACAUUCCGUACCCGCCCUGUUUUAAUAAAGGGAUCGGCGGGGAGAGGUGUUUAGCCUUUUGUGACUGCAUCGAGACGGGGGAGAUCUCCGAAUUUUGGGACAGGGUGAUAGCAAUUUUUCCAAAUUUGGUGAGAUUUCAUGCGAUGGGGGCAAGGUAGACAAAAGAUAAUUAACUUUGGGGAUGUAAAGAGGUGGGAAGCCGGAUGAGAAUUUAAAACAUCAUAUUUUUCCCAAAACGUGAGUUGAUUAGAUUAUGUGAGUGAGUAAACUUGAGUUAAACAUUGACUUUACAUUUUAAAAAUUCGUUAUUAGUGCAUCACAUAUUUCGGUUGUCGAAAAUAUUGAGAUAAAUAUACGUACUUGUAUAUUUAUACUUAUAUUUAUAUACAUAGAUAUGUAGAAAUAUAUAAUCUGUAUUUUGCUUAGAGCUGCAAAAUCCGUUCCGAAUUUUAUAAUUUUUGGAUUUCGGACCAAAUUCGGAUUUAAUUCGUUGACAAUGUAUUAAAAUACAUAUAUUUUUAUGUUCAUAUUUUUGGGAUUUUUACAUUAAUUUUGGACGUAUCUAUCAUUGGUGGACAUUACACUUUCCUCGCUAACUUCGAACUUGGCCUCCAAUCAAGGUUGAUGUAAUUUAAUUCAAUUUAUCCUGGCAUCCUAGGCUCUCCUGCCAAAGUCCAAAAUUUGGACUUUGGCAUGAAAACAGGCGACCAAACCCAUGCUAAAUUACGACUUGAAUUACACUAAAUUAGACUAAAUUAAACACGUGUACGUAGGUAUUGAUGAUGAAUAGCUAUUCACUCGCGAUCCAUGCGGUGUUUGCAUGCUUUGUGUAUGCAUGCAUGUACACACAAGGCUGGAAUGAUGUGCCAUUAUUGCGUGCAAAUGCCCUAUGCAAAAAUUUUAUGAAGCCACAAGUGCAACUUAAAAAUUUAAUAUGAUUAAGGAUCUAAAUCUACACCAGGGUUGCUUAAUUAAUUGACUAUGUACAUAAUUACUUAUUAAUA